AUGCUGCGCUCCGCGGCGCUGCCUCUCGCGGCCAUCCUCGGCGCCGGGGCGAGCAGCGGCUACCUGCUGCAGGGGCCGGGCGCCGCCCGCGCCAACGCGCCGGGGGCGGGCGACGAGCUACUCGCUGUGGGCCCGGUGCCGACGCGUGCGCAGCAGCUCGCGCGGCUCAGGGCGGGCAGCAAGGACGACCCCUUUGAUGUCCUGAUCAUCGGCGGCGGCGCCACCGGCGCUGGCUGCGCACUCGACGCGGCAACGAGGGGCCUGCGCACCGCGAUGGUGGAGCGCGGCGACUUCGGCUGCGGCACCAGCAGCAAGUCCACAAAGCUGGUGCACGGCGGCGUGCGCUACCUGGAGAAAGCCGUGUUCAACCUGGAUAAGGCGCAGCUCAAGCUGGUGUACGAGGCGCUGCAGGAGCGGAGCGACCUCCUGGCCAACGCGCCCCACCUGGCGCGGCCGCUGCCCAUCCUGAUGCCGUGCUACAAGUGGUGGGAGGUGCCCUUCUAUUGGGCCGGCCUCAAGAUGUACGACCUGGUGGCGGGCAUGCGCAACCUGGCGUGGAGCAAGUACCUCAGCCCCAGCGAGUCGGUGCGGCUGCUGCCCACGCUCGCAGACCCCAACCCGAACGCGCGCAGCCUCAAGGGCGCGAUCCAAUACUUUGACGGCCAGUUCGACGACGCGCGCCUCAACGUCGCCCUCGCCUGCACCGCCGCCGCCGCCGGCGCCGCGGUUGCCAACCACGCCGAGGCGUCCUCCCUCAUCAAGGACGCCUCCGGCCGCGUCGUCGGCGCGCGGAUCGCGGACCGGCAGGGCGGGGGGCGGCCGUUUGAGGUGCACGCGCGCGUCGUGGUGAACGCGACGGGCCCGUACGCGGACGCGCUGCGGGAGCAGUCCGACCCGGGGGUCAAGAAGGCGGUGAGGGCGAGCAGCGGCGCGCACGUGACGCUGCCGGAAUACUACGGGUCGCAGGCGGUCGGCAUGAUCGUGCCCAAGACCAAGAAACUUGUGUGGAAUAUUGUAUGCACUUAA